AUGACUACCACAUUAAUUGUUAUUUGUCUUUCCAUAUCACUAACAUUAGGUAAACCUGUUUUUGUAGAAGUAAAAGAAAAUGAAAUCACUAGAGAAGUACUUCCAGGAAUGAUCUUCCUUCCUCUUUUUGUAUUAGCAACGGUUCUAUUCAUUGUUAUUCGUACAACGUUUCAAGCAAUUCGUGAUCGAAGAAAAAGACCAUUAAACAGUGCUGAAGUGGUUGAACAAAUGACAUUUUAA